AUGGCGUUCCUGGAGCAGGUGCGUUCUCCUCGCCUGUCCUUCAUCCAGACGGUGGUGUCUCUGCUCCUGAGCACCGUGGCUCUCCUGUCGUCCUACUGGUGCGAAGGCAGGCAGAAGAUACCCAAGCCGCUCUGCUCGCCCACCAAGCAGUCCAACUGCAUCCCGGUUCCCGGGAUGUCCAACUCCUCCAACAUCCAGUUCUUCUGGGAGACCGGGGACGACCGCUUCGUCUUCCCAGCGUUUCACACCGGCCUCUUCAUGAUCUGUGAGGAGAACAUCCACACGGAUGAGUGGGAGGAGAAAUGUCGAGGAUUCUACCACCUGACUCCAGGAUCUGAGAAAGCCAUGAUGUGGCUGUGUCUGUCUCUGGAGCUGGUGUACAUCGGGCUGCUGCUGAUCAGCUGCACGCUGCUGUCCGUGCAGCUGUGCAUCCGGGCCUGGUGUCCGUCCACGCAGCGCUGGGGCCAGCUGCUCAACGCUUUCGCGGCCGUCUUCACAGUACUUGGAGGUCUGCUCGGGAUGGUGGGACACAUGAUGUACAUGCAGGUGUUUCAGACCACCGCCUCGAUGGGGCCGGAAGACUUCAAACCUCACAGCUUCGGAUACUCCUGGGCUUUCUACGUGGCCUGGUUCGCCUUCACCGUCUGCAUGUCGGCCGGAGUCUCCACCCUCAACAACUACACCAAGAAGGUCCUGAUGGUGGGCCCCCGGCGCAGCUCCGACCUCAACCCCUGCAGCUUCAACUUCGUGGGGCUCCCGCCGCCGGCGCCCUACUACACCCCUCCCAUCCCAGGCGUCGCCCUCGGCUGCCCGCCGCCCCCGCCCCGCAUCUCCCACCUGUCGCCCUACUACGAGCCCCCGCCGUCGGCCGGGUCCCCGCCCGGCACGCCCCGGCUCACGCACUCCCAGUCGCUCCCAGUCUCCUACUGCGACGCCUUCCCCUCCCCGCCGGCCCACCCGGCGCCCGCCUCGCCGUUCCACCGCCUGUCGCUGCCCUCGCCGUCCGCCUCGCCCGUCCGCGGGGUGACGCCGGGGCGCCGGGAGGAGGAGGACUACAGCCCGCUCUGACCGAUUAUUAGUCCAAAUCCACGUUAAUCCCACCGUGUGCUUUUAAUACGCUCCACCACAGCGGCUCCAUCACUCCGGUAAAAUCCACUCAAACGGCUCAAAAAUCACAAUUAAGUUUCCAUACUCACAACAUAUAAACCAGGGACGUCAAACAUCAUGUCUGCACGAUCGCAUUUUGAAAGAAUUCUCAAUCUAGAUUCCUUCUAAACGUGUGAAGAAGUGUUGAAUGUCAUCAUUAAACGAGAAUAAAACAGAUAACUCAUUGCUAUGCAAAGAACAAGGCUGGAAACAUCUUGUUGUUUUUUUGUCUUUAAACCUUCAAAGCCUGGAAAGGAUUUAUUUAUCUA